AUGCUAGGGUCUGUAGCCGUAAGACGACAGGAUGCGAGGGGCAUCGGCGUGGUGGUAGGAGCGUGCUUUCGUUACGAGACCGACCCUGACGACGAAAUCCUUUUGGCCGAAGCGCCGCCAAUACCGCCGCGAGUACCGCCGCGAGGAGUGCGGCGAGUACCGCAGCGAGCAGUGCGGCAACGGCGAUCCGUUCGGAUAAGUAUGGUUGGCGAUUGCGUUGACAAUUCGAGUCAGGAAAGCCUCUCCGGCCAGAGUCUCCCCGGCCAGAGCUCUGCGGGUCGAAGGACCCCGGGUGAGGGCCGAGGGACCCCUGGUCGACUGGCUGCCCAGGCCCGAGCCAUCCCGGGUCAGAGUCUGUUUUCUGUACACACGCCCGGCAGCCUCGUCGCGAUCGCCGCUGGGCCCAGUCUCAAUUCGGUCGGUAGUGGAGCGGUAGGGGCCGGUGAGAGUCAACGUUCCCUCGCGGAUGGCCAGAGUCAACGUUCCCUCGCGGAUGGCCAGAGUCAACGUUCGCUCGCGGGUGGCCGGAGUCAACGUUCCCUCGCGGGUGGCCGGAGUCAACGUUCCCUCGGCGUUGGCCAGAGUCAACGUUCCCUCGGCGUUGGCCAGAGUCGUCUCUCGUUGGUCCCGAGCGAGGGCGAGGUUUCUCCUGCCCCCAGCGAGUAUGCCCUUUCUGCUGCACCCAGCGAAAGCAUUCUAUCAGCUGCAGAGGACGACUACGUCCUUUCGGCUCCAGAGGACGAGUACGUCCCUUCUGAUGCAGAGGACGAGUACGUCCCUUCUGAUGCAGAGGACGAGUACGUCCCUUCGGCUGCAGAGGACGAGUACGCCCCUUCGGCUGCAGAGGACGAAUACGUCCCUUCGGCUGCAGAGGACGAGUACGUUCUUUCGGCCGCGGAGAGCGAGUAUGCCCUCUCGGCUGCCCCCAGCGAGAGCGUCCUUUCCACCGGUCGUAGCGAAAGUAUCCUUUCUGCCGCCCGCAGCGUCAGCUUGCGUUCGCUCGUUGAGAGUUACGGAUCGGACGACAGCGUGUCGGACGCCACUCAAAGUGUGGUGGUGACUGAGGCCGGGAGCGCCACGACGCUCGCCGGAUACGCUGGAAGUGUGCACGGGUCCGAGCACCGAAGCGGUCGUGGAUCGGAGCACCGAAGUGGUCGUGGAUCGGAUCACCGAAGUGGUCGCGGAUCGGAGCACCGAAGUGGUCGUGGAUCGGAGCCCCGAAGUGGCCGUGGAUCCGAGCCCCGAAGUGGUCGAGGAUCCGAGCACCGAAGUGGUCGAGGAUCCGAGACCCAGAGUGGACGUGGCAAGAUUGUGCGCGCGGACUGGAGUAACUGUCUGACGUAUGAGAUGAUCGUCAACACUGGCCCCCUGCGGAAGCCGCCCACGAUGCCGAAGCCUGAAGGGACAGUGAAGCGCGGAAUUUCAACGAGUGAAGCCAGGGGGGGCACUUCGACGGGAGGUGCCGUGGAGCACGGAAGUAUGAAGCCGGAGACGCGGAAGCCGAAGACGCGGACGGCAGGGCCAAUUGCGACCCCGGUUGCGAAGCCGUCGUCGCUGAACCCAUUUGGGGACUACCCGUCUGAUUAUGAGUCAGAGGAGGAGGUAGGAGCGUCGUCGCUGAACCCGUUUGGGGACUACCCGUCCGAUUACGAGUCAGGGAAGGAGGCAGGAGCGUCGUCGCUGAACCCGUUUGGGGACGGUACUGAUGACGAGGCGGACCCUUCCCUGGAGACCCCGUUGGAUGACGACGAUGACGACUUGUUCCCUCAAGUGCGUCUGCGGUACAUGUUGGCUCCAGAGGACAUCCCCCCGCGUUGGUUACAGAGAGGUACAGGGCCGCACACUGAUAACUUGGUCUGGGUCGUGCCUCGGGCUCGUUGGUUCAGGUUGGAAACGUUGGACGGGUUGCCACCGCCGGUGACGAAUCAUCGGUUCAGUGAGUUCUUUAAAGGACUGAUUCAAGUCAAUGCUCGUGAAUUGGACAGUUUGCAUCCACACCAGAUUGGCGUGGAGCCGGUGAUGCAGGUGGCAUACGAAAUACUUGAGCUGUAUUUGGACGACCCAGGUGUGCAAGACUUCCUCACGCAGUACGAGGCCGAACUGCAACGGGACAUUGACGUCGAACGCAACCGCCCUGGUUGCUUCGACUUACAAUGCCUCGACUACUACGAAGCUCAAGCUGCUUACGAACGAUUUCUCGCCCAGUAUGCUGAUCGCCAGGCCGAUGCUGGUCCUCCCCCCGAAGAUGACCAAGAAGAAGUGUCCCUUCGCCGGGAAGAACCUGCCAACGGAGAUGCGCGGUCUAGGAGUCCAGGCCCCGUUCCGCGAGACUACGUGAACAGCUCUGACUGGCAGUCCGUCGUACAAGGGGCCGUCGGCCAGCACCAGGAGUACAUCAAUGCACAGGAGUACAUCAAUGCACAGGAGUACAUCAAUGCACAGGAGUACACCAAUGCACAGGAGUACAUCAAUGCACAGGAGUACGUCAACCAAGCCGAAUUGAGAAUGAUUAUGGGAUCGCGCGAGCACACCAACCAAACCGAUUUGAAGCCAAAACCCUUCGACCUGAAACCUGUGGACUGGGAAUCUGUCGAGCACGCGGCGAAUGCUCUGAGCCACCUGCUCGGCCGCCACCUUUCCGACCGCCCCCGCCGAAAUUUCCGCCGGGGUACGGACGCGAGAGUUAUCAAUCAGGCUACGGACGCGAGAGCGGCUACGGACGCGAGAGCGGCUACGGACGCGAGAGCCACCAAUCAGGCUACGGACGCGAGAGCCACCAAUCAGGCUACGGACGCGAGAGCUACCAAUCACGCUACGGACGCGAAAGCUACCAAUCACGUUACGGACGCGAAAGCCACCAAACAGGCUAUGGACGCGAGAGCCACCAAUCAGGCUACGGGUUCGAAUCCGGGCAUCCCUUCCAGCACGGAUAUUCCUUCCAACCUCACCCUUCGUACGAACCGGCCGGCCUCCGGGGUUCCCGAGCAGGUGCGCAGAGACCUCUCUCCAUCGCACAAACCCCUCUAG